AGUUCCUGUUUAGAAAUUAAGAAGUGUAAGGUAUCUAUCAUUAUGUCGCAGUAUUUGUGGCGAUACAUGGAAAUUAUGGACACAGAAUAAUGACAAGGAACUAUGUUAUAUGUAGGAGAUGGUAUUAACUACACGAUGAAGCUCUCAACAAAUUGUUUUCAGACUUAUUGGACAAAUUUAAAUAACAUUAUAAAUUUGUCUACUCCUUGCAACAAUUACGUAUAAGAUUUUAUCAAUCCUGUCAUUGUGUCCCGUAACGACUUUCGUCUUGUUACCGAAACGACUUGUUACCAAAAUGACCUGACACCUAUAGAAAACCUGAUAUAAUAUGGAGAAGAACAUAACAAGGACUCCGUCCUUCCAGGAGGCAUCAGAUCUACUCAAGGUCCACCUCCAGAAGAAACACCGCCUCAAACGCCAUUCUCCCUGCCCUCCUCAGCCACCCACUAAACAGGAGGUCCGCAAUGAGGCUGCAAUGAUUCUAGAACAGUUUCUUUUGAAGGAACUGAAAGAAAACAAGGGCAAACAUGGCAAACCACUGAUAGGGACAGCAUAUCAGCAGGUGAAGGAUGUGGAUGUUACAGAGGAGGAGUACUACCUCCAUAACUCCUAUCACUCCCACCAGGGGGCACCACUGUCCCCUGACAGCUCCAGCGACAGGCAUCACCAAUUCGGCACCUCUGGUCAUGCAGGUCACACAUCGGUAAUCCACUCUCGUGGACACUCAGAACUCUCCCAUGCUUCAUUGACCUCCGGUAAAACAUCGUCUGUGAUUCAUUCCCGUGAAACAUCCGAAAUUUCUCGUACUUCCAUUAACUCUGCUAAAACUUCCAUCCACUCAUUGUUAGAUGAGAAUAAUGAUAUACCUUUUGCUGAUGAUCAUGUCACAGUGCCUCGGGCAAAAAGUUUGCCACCCGAUCUGUCUCCAGCUCACAGAAUUGAUAAUAACAUAAUGACAACAUCAUACUCGUUGAGUCCCUCUAAGCUAGAGAAUUUGGACAAAAAUAAGGACAUUGUGGAUUUAAAGAAAAAAGGCAGAGACAGAGCUUCAAGGCCUGUAAAUGGAAAUUCAUCAUCGACCGUCAUCACUAGGGGGCGCCAGCGGUACAAAUCAGGGUCUAUAUCCUCCUCGGACACUGAGAGUGAUGCAAUUUCACAAGAUAGAAAGAAAAAAUCUGUGUUCAAAAGAGCGAAAGAAAGGCUAAAUAGUGUGUUGAACAGAAGUAAAGACAGAAAGACAGAAGACAGGGAGGGUGACUUUGUAACAAAGAAGGGGAACCAUGGUCAAAACAAAAGGAGCGGGGCUAAGGUUUUGGAAGAAAAGCACACCCACAAACAUGGACAUGUAGAACAGCAUCAUUACACGGAUGGGGAUCGGACAGGGCUGGUUAGGUCGCAGGAGAUGUGGGAGUCGACAGACAUCACAGACCAGGAACACAACAAGCACAAACACAUUGACAAACACUGCAAGAUGAAAGAGAGCGCUGAUCUGUCCAGUUCAGCAAAGAUAUCCGAGGGUGGAAUCUUCAGCAGUCUCCGCAAACUGACUUCACGACGAGGCAAGAAGUCGAGGAAGAAAGUUCCAGGAUCAAAGUCUGCAGACUUCAGCAUGUUAAAGAAGAAAAAGAAGAAGAAAGCAUAUUCAAGGAAUAUCUCUGUUCCUGAUGGACCUCUGAGAGAUUGGGACAACAGUCAUUUUGAGUCAACCUCUUUCGAAGUGGAUGGGCGACGGACAAAACAUACAACACAUGUAACCUCAAUAGAUGAUGUGGGACUUAAUGCAAUCAGCAAUCUGGACAUUGGUCAAGGGUCCGAACCGAUGGACGUAGAAGAUGGGGGUCUUCCUACCAACCAGUCGUUUGCUUAUGACUAUGAUAUUGAUGAGACAGAAUUCCGAAGAAGACUGCUUACUGGGGAAAUAGACAUUGAGCGGAACAUCUACCAACAUCAUACUGAUACAUUAGUGGAUGACCUUGAUGUGGAUGGAAAUACACAUCCAGAUGAUGAAGAUGAAAGGCCACAGUCAUCUGCAGGAGCUGUGGGGUCUCCGGAGGGAGGGGAGGAUCCUACCCAGGAGGAUAAGGAGAAAUUGUAUGGGAUUAUAGCUGAACGGCUGGCAGAGAUGGGGGAUAGCUACAUGGCAGGGGCUUCUGGUGAAGCCCAUGCAGCCUCGCCUCGACGAACCUCAAGUUCAGCUCAAGCCUCUCUUGAAGCAUCGUAUGAUGUCAGAGACGGUGAUGGUCUUAAUUCACUGGAAAGAGAACUUAGAGACAGCUUGCGAAACUUUGGAGACAAUUUUAGUGUUGAGCACCCGGUGUCAGCUGAAGUUACGGAGGCAGCGGUGGACAUAGUCAGACAGGCGACCUACAACACAUUUACAGAUACACUUAAACGUGCCAUCGGGGAUGAGGUAGGCUGGGACCAGCUCGCCACGCUUUUCUACAUCACGAAAAAAACAGUCAAGGCUGCGGGGGUCGGAGGGGCUGUGGCCCUCAAGGUCAAGGAGAUGAGUCUACGUUACCUGGAGGAUAAGUUUGCUGGCUGGAUUGUUGACCAGGGUGGAUGGGACACCGUCCUGGAAUCGGAGAGUACAGAUUCUGAACUGGAUUGAUCAAAGUCAGAAGAAUAAAUACCCUUGUCAUCUUUGCAGUGAAAAAAAAAUACACAUGGUGACAUGCAUGACUAGAAUGAGUUAUUAUGUAACAUUGGAGUUAUUUUGUGGCCACAUUUUAUUUAUAAUAAUUCAGGGUCAUGAAUUUUUAUUAUGAAUGUUUGGAUUUGCACCAGAGUUUUCUCCCAUUGAGCAUAUAUCAGUCAGGAAUUGUUAGAACAGAACAAUUAUUGGCCACAAUUAACUCCUUUAGACUGAGUUUUACCUGAAGUGCCAGAUACUGAGAGACUAAAUAAACUUUAAGAAGUUUGUUUGAUUACAAAAUCUAAAAAUAUAUCUCAUAUUUUCCUCAAGUUUUUAGACAAGAGGAAAUGUCUUGCCUUACAUUAAAGAGUUUCAUCAUUACCGGAUUAGGGGGUGGACAUUUCAAAGUUGUCCCCUGCCUUCUUCCAUUAGCCCCCACCCCCACCACUACCCCUUCUCCUCACCUGACUGAGUAUUUAUAGAAAGAGGAAAUACCUUUUCUUAAUUGGUGUGAUGAUUAUUUACACAUAAUUCAAAUAUGUAGUCAAGUUAAUUACGACGGCAAUAUAAUCAGAAACGUGUUAGUACUCACUAAUUAUGGGUGUAUGAUCAAUUGGUUGUUUUGAGAAAAUAGUUCUCCUUUAAGAGACUUGAGUGAAUGUUUUAAGUUGUUGUCAUCCUCAAAUUUCCAGGAGUUUUGCUUUCUCAUGUUUUCUGCACCCCUGGAAUGUCAUGAUGAAAUCAAAGGCACAUGGUUAGCUAUUUGAUUGGUUUCAGAUAUCAAAAGCUGACCAAUCACUUAGCUUUGGAAAGAAAGUGAGUGACGCCCGACUAUAAAGUCAGUCAAUUUUACUGUUACACUACUGCGAGAUUUCUCUGUUGUUCACCAAAUAAUCAAACCAUUUAUAUAUCCACAAGGUGGUGCAUACAGAAUCUUUGAUUUUGUCAUGUUCCAGGGGUGUAAAGAGCGUAAGUAUACAUAACACCUGGAAAUUUGAGGACGAGUUCUUGGCAGCAGGUUUGUCAUUUUAAUGUGUUCCCUUGUAAAGAAUCAUUUGUUUAAUAUGAUCCAUGAUCUCAUAAUUUUUUACAUUUUUUUUUAAUUGUACGAGAUUUUGAAGAAAGAUUACCCAGUAUGUUUUUAUGCCUGAAAAGAUUAUAUAGUUUUUAAUUUUCUGACUUAGUUAUUUUGUUUGUGUUUUAAGUUGUAUUAAGAACAUCAUAAUAUUCCACUACAAUGUGAUAUAGUUGCUACUUAGACAAAAUUUUGAAAAAAAAAAUGCCUUUGCUUUUGUUGUAUCAAACAUUUGCCUUUUUAUUUUGUUUUAUAAAAACAGUGAUACAGGAGGCUGAAUAACACUAUUGGUCAUUUUGGUCAUUUUCUCCUUGUCCACCACUCUGAACAGGUAGUUGCAAUAUGCAACUGUAAAUCUAUAUUAAAUAUUCUGAAAUGUUAUGAGCCAUUUCAGUUACAUAUCAGUAGCGGAUCAAGAGGAGUAUCAGGACCCCCCCCCCCCAAGCCUG